UUGGACAUUCACGAUGAUCUCAAGCGUGAAGUCGCCUUUUACGACAUGGCUCUAGAAGCGGUGCAUGAAGCGCGAAAAAGAUGUGAGGAAGCUAACAUUCCGUUCCGACGACCGGAUGACUUUUUUGCGGAAAUGGUAAAGACUGACGACCACAUGGCCAAGAUUAAAGAUCGUUUGAUUUACGAAAACAAAAAGAUUGAAGCCGUGGCGCAGCGCAAGUCCAACAAGGAACAAAAACUCCGAUCCAAGGAAUCUCAUUCCAACAAGCUGGUCGAAAAGGCGAAACGCAAACGAGAUCACUUUGCCGCCGUUGACGACUGGGCCCAGUCG